AGAUGGAUUGAAUAAUAGGCGAGCGGUGACGGGACGCUGCAGCUGCAGGACAGCAGAUGGCACCGCUGCGCCGUUCCUGCGGAUCGUUCUUGGCUCCUGACGCGUCCACGUUGUUCACACAGCCUGCUUUCGCUCCAGUUCCCCUCUCCGCGUCCCACCCUCACUCUCUGCCUCUCCAGCUUACGGUGUACACCUAUCUGUCUCCCACAAGCAUCAGCAGCCUUUCCAUCAGUCUCCGCGCUACUACGGCGCAAAGGCAUGGCACCUCUGCGCCCGGAACGAGCGGUCUCGGCCGCUGCGAAACUCUGCAUCUUCCCGCUGACCGCCUUGGCGUUGUGGACGGCGCUGCCCGGAGCCGUGCGUUGUGACAGCGGGUCUUUGAGCCGGCGCGUCGGGGAGGAUCGGGCGUUUGACGCGGGCGGCGCGGAGAGAGGCUCCCCGGCGGAUGCGGGGAGUGCAUCCCGCUUCAAGAGAGCCGCGUCCUGGGAUAAACAGAUGUCCCUGAUCAGCAGCUCGUUUGUGCUCAAGGGAGAUGCGACGCACAACCAGGCGAUGGUCCACUGGACAGGAGAGAACAGCAGCGUCAUCCUGAUCCUGACCAAGUAUUACCAUGCCGACUCGACCAAGGUUCUGGAGAGUUCGCUGUGGAGGUCCACUGAUUAUGGGACGACCUACACCAAACUCAACCUGAUGCCGGGGUCCACCAUUGUGGUGACAAGUUUCUACAUCUGUCCAACCAACAAGAAAAAGGUUGUCAUGGUGGGAUCGUCGAUAAAUGAACGGGAUCAGAUGCUGUUCAUCAGCACCGACGAGGGCUCUUCCUUCCAACGGCAGGCAGUCGCCUUCACACCAGAGACAGUCAUCUUCCACCCAAAGGAGGAAGACAAACUCUUGGCUUACUGCAAGGACGGCAGGCUCUUUGCUUCGACCGAUCUGGGCUUCAAGUGGACUUUACUUCAAGAGAGGGUGACCAAGGACAAAAUCUUCUGGUCUGUAUUCGGUGUGGAUUUGGAUCCUGAUCUGGUGCACAUGGAAAUGCAAGAUUCAAGUGGAGGCUACCUCUACGUUACCUGUCUCAUCCAGAACUGUUCAGACAAAAUGGUGACCGCCCAGUUUCUUGGUAAAAUCGAUCACAAUUCGCUGUUGGUGCAAGAUGACUACAUAUUUGUCAAGGUCACCACAGGUAAUCGCACCAAGCACUAUGUUUCCUAUCGACGUAAUGAGUUUGUCCAGAUGAGGUUUCCCAAGUAUGCCUUGCCAAAGGAUGUUCAGAUAGUGAGUACAGACGAAAGUCAAGUUCUCCUCGCCCUCCAGGAGUGGUACCAGUCAGACACGUAUAACCUGUACCAGUCAGACUCCCAAGGCGUCUACUACUCCAUGAUCCUGGAAAACGUACGCAGCACCAAGCAGCCAGAGGAGAAUGUCCUCAUCGAUAUCCUGGAGGUACGAGGGGUGAAAGGCGUUUUCCUUGCCAAUCAGAAGAUCGAUGGAAAAGUGACGACCCUGAUCACUUAUAACAAAGGGCGGACUUGGGAGCCCUUGGCGCCACCCACCACGGACAUUAAUGGCAAACCAGUCAGCUGUAAAGUACCAGAUUGCCACCUCCACCUCCACCUGCGCUGGGCAGACAAUCCCUACGUUUCUGGCACCGUCCACACUAAAGACUCGGCUCCAGGUCUCAUCAUGGGGGCAGGUAACCUUGGCACCAAACUUGUGGAGUAUAAGGAAGAGAUGUACAUCACUUCAGACUGUGGGAAAACAUGGAGACAGGUUUUUGAACAGGAGCAUCAUAUCCUGUAUCUGGACCAUGGUGGAGUCAUUGUUGCCAUCAAGGACACCUCUAUUCCCCUCAAGAUACUGAAGUUUAGUAUCGAUGAGGGGAGAACGUGGAACACUCACAACUUCACCAGCACGUCUGUGUUCGUCGACGGACUCCUGAGUGAACCAGGAGACGAGACCCUGGUCAUGACGGUGUUUGGCCACAUCAGCUACAGGUCGGACUGGGAGCUGGUCAAAGUGGACUUCAGGCAGUCUUUCUCACGUCAGUGCACCGAGUCCGAUUACGAGUCCUGGCAGCUCACAGACUUGCAGGGAGAAAGGUGCAUUAUGGGCCAAGAGCGGACUUUUAGGAAGAGAAAGGAGACCUCGUUCUGUAUAAAAGGAAAAAACUACACCUCUGCCCUCACCACGAAGCCCUGCCAGUGCACCGACAAAGACUUCAUCUGUGAUUACGGCUUUGAGCGGUCUUACACGGAGGGUGAUCGAUGUUUCCCUGACUUCUGGUACGAUCCAGAAUCUCCCCCCGAGAACUGCCACCUCGGACAAAACUACGAGUCUAGCACUGGCUACAGGAAGGUGAUAUCAAAUACUUGUGAAGGAGGCCUCAACAACCAGCAGAGUUCCCAACAGCACAGCUGCCCUCUGUUGCCCCCUAGAGGCCUGAAGGUCGCCAUUAAAGGCCAGAUGCUGGCUGUGGCUCCCGGGGACGACGUCACGUUCAUUGUCCAUCAGGAGCAGGGCGACACAAGCAGUACCAAGUAUCAGGUGGACCUCGGUGAUGGGGUCCGGACCAUUUACCAGAACCUGACGGUCACGGAUGAGCCCAUCCAACACCGCUACGAGAACCCUGGCAUUUACAAAGUUACGGUGAAGGCAGAAAACGUUGCGGGGCACGACGAGGCCACCAUGUACAUCCAGGUCACAGACCCUCUGCAGGAGGUGCAUCUGGAAGCCGUCCCCAUCGCCAGGAGAAACCAUGAAGUCAAUCUGACAGCUGUGGUUCUUCCCACCAACGCCAACCUGACUGUCUUUUACUGGUGGCUCGGCGACAGCUUGAAGCCCAAACUGACUCUGCAGAACAGCCUUCUGACCCGUUUCCCAGAGAGCGGAGAGGUUUCUGUCACCGUCCAGGCCUCCAACGGCCGUUCCAUGGUACAAGACACAAAAACCGUCAGAGUCUAUGAUAACUUUCAAGUCAUCCCUCUGAGCUUCAGCAGGAACCUGGACCGUUUUAACCCAAACAUCCCAGAAUGGAGGGAUGACAUCGGCCAGGUGGUCACCAAGCUUCUAAUUAAGGUAUAGCUUGGAACUUAAAUU